UCAUGGUUUUAAUUUUUAAUGAGAACACUUUUUACAUGUAUGUUUUUGUCUGCUCAUGUGCCACUGCAGCAUGACAGUCAGAGGACAACAUGUCAGAACUGCCUCUUUUUCCACAGUGUGGGCCUAAAGGAUUGAACUCUAUUUGGCAAGAAACAUUAACUGCCGAGCCAUCUCUCUGGCCCCAGAACAUUAUUUUUGUUGACAAGGGGCACAGGGUACCUAAGGAAUAAUGUCUUCCCCCCAGCCACCCGCUGCAGACAGAUGCUUUAAGAGAGCGGUGGUGUCCUGGGUUACUUCCUUCCGAACCAUUCUCCUGCACCCUCCUGGCUACAGAAGAUGAACGUACUUGGAUUCACACUUCCAAAAAACGCAACGGGCUGAGGUGGUCUCCCACUGUGCUUGAGGAAAGGAAGACUGUUCCUAGCUUUAGUGCAAUGCUUUUCAUGUUGCAGGUACUCAGUUAUUUUGGAGGAAAAGUGCCUUUUAGGAAUGUUCAUUCGGGAAGUGGAUACUAAAUUGGGCUUUCGGAAAGAGAUGAGGUGCGGCUUGUUCUAGCUGCCUUCGUGGAGUCAGGUCAACCCUUCCAAACCAACUUCAGGCAAGGGGAAUAAAGUCCACAUCUGGGAUUAAAAUAUACAAUUCUUAGUGCGUUACCAAGAAGCUGGACCCGAGCGCCCUCGCGACAGCUAGCCAGCGAUGGGUCAGGUGACUGCUUUCCCUUGGCAACGGCUUGUUCCUAGCAACCGGGCUGCUGGUCCAGGCGGAGCUGCCAGUGGGUCGCCGCCAUGAAUCCAUCAGGAAGCAUUGGGGUCCUAGAGCAGAAUGGGGAAGAACACUUAGCUGCCCCAAUUCUCGGGCCCUCGGUGAAUUCCGAUAACCCGCAGGAGCGAAUCCAGGCCCGGCGCCUUCGCAUCGCUGCCCGCCAGGAAGCCAGAAGGCGGGAAGCUCUGGGAGAGUAUUUGGAUGGCAAGAAGGAGAGUGAGGAGGAGCAAAGCAAGAGCUACAAACAGAAAGAAGAGAGCCGACUGAAACUGACUAAACUCCUGCUCUGUGGGACUGAGUUGGUGACAAAUAUUCAGGUGGCUGCAGACAUAAGAGAGAUCCACAGGAGGGUUGAGGAAGAGGAGACAAAGCGGCAGCGACUGGAAAAGUUGGAGAAUGAAGUUAAGACCAGCCAGGACAAAUUUGAUGAAAUCACGUCGAAGUGGGAAGAGGGCAGACAGAAGCGGAUUCCGCAGGAACUGUGGGAGAUGCUCAACAACCAGCAGGUGCACUGUGCUGGGCUCGUAGAAGACAAGAACAAGCUGAUCAGCGAGCUGCAGCAGGAGUUAAAAAUAAAGGAUGACCAGUAUGUGAAGGACUUGAAGAAACAGUCAGAAGACAUCACCGUGCUUCUGGAGAGGAUGGAGGAGCAAGUGAAGAGCGUGAUGAAGAACUUCCGUCAAGAGCUCAAUUACAUCGAGAAGGCCUUUGAGUCAGAGCGACAAGAACUGCUAACCACUAAUAAGAAGAAAUGGGAGCGAGCCCUGCAGGCUCACAAUGCCAAGGAGCUGGAGUACCUCAUCAACCGCAUGAAGAGGGUGGAGGACUACGAGAAACAGCUCAACAGGCAGCGGGUCUGGGACUGCGAGGAGUACAACUCGAUCAAGAUCAAGCUGGAGCAGGACGUACAGAUUCUUGAGCAGCAGCUGCAGCAGAUGAAGGCAACUUACCAGCUAAACCAGGAGAAGCUGGAGUACAACUUCCAGGUCCUGAAGAAGAGAGACGAAGAGAGCACGGUGAUCAAGUCCCAGCAGAAGAGGAAACUCAACCGCCUGCACGAUAUCCUCAACAACCUGAGAACAAAAUACAGCAAGCAGAUAAAGCAGUUUCAGGAGGACAACCAGUCCCUGACCUCAGACUACAAACGGCUCGUGACGCAGUUCAAGGACCUACAGAAAGCCAUAAGACACUUCAUCAUCAUUGACCAGGAUAAGUUUCGGGAAAUUUGGCUGAUGAAUGAAGCUGAGGCGAAGGAACUGGCGCAAAGAGCCUUCGAUGUGGACAAGAUCAUUCAUUCCCAGCACCUGGGGUUGCCCUGGAAGAUUCCCAACUUCUGGUUCCUGAAUAAUGUGGGGCCGAUCUCCCUGCAGCAGCAGCAGAAGUCAGUCACACAAAUACUAGAAGAACUGCUGCUGCAGUCAGAAGAUGAGGGGACAGAGACAGCCAUGUCCGAAGACGAGUCUUACAUGGACCUGCCCAAUCAAGUUUCAGCAAAAACUACCAAAAAGAUCUUGGUGCUCCUGUGUGAUGAGUCGGGUUUCCUCAUAGAGAGCAAACUACUGAGUCUGCUCCUCCCCCUGGAGAAGAGUGAGUGCUAUCUGCUGAGGUUGGAUGCCAUCUUUUCUGCCCUGGGAAUCGAGAGCGAGGAUGACUUGUACAAGAUGGUUUUGAUUCCUCAUGGGGUCCUGGCUCUCUCCUCUGCCUCAGUCUAUGGCACAGACCCUGGGUUCUGAUGUGGCUGGCACCUCCCUCCACCAUAUCUUCUUCUCUUGUAGCUGUUUAGGCGAUAUGCUGGAGUUAAGUACUGAUCCUGGACCUGGUGGAGUUGACAGCAUCUAUGCCAGGAAUGGCUAAUAGUAUUGGCUUCAUUAUUAGUCUUUUCUAUUUGCAAAGGGCAGAAUGGCUGGGGGAGGGAUGGGAUGUUGUUCUAUAUUGAGAUCCAAGGACUCUUUUCCUGGGUUUUCCUCAAAACCAGGCUUUAAGCACUGUAAAACAUGAAUGCACUGCAUUCUGGGUAUUCUGAUCAAUCACAGUUUCCUAGGAAGCAGGACUCAUUUGUGACACCAUGAAUAUUGUGUUGUAAAUAAUUUCAGAAGGAGACACAAAGAACAACUUUGUGGAGAGUCACUUUCAACGUUUUAAGUUUUUAAGUUAAACAUCGAAAAUAAAAAUGGUUUUAGUAUUGUUA